AUGGGAAAAAAGGGUACCCCGAGAACUAGCUUUACAACUACGCCUGUUUUUUCUUUGUGGGAAUAAAGCAGAGUCCUUUCGUGCCUGCGAGGGCGAAUAGGAAGUUGUUGACAUAAAGGAGGACAGCCUCAGUUGUAUAAAUUUAAUUUCGUUUUCUGGCCGUGAUCAAUCCCUCUUUAACCAGUACCAGUGAAAAAUUAACUACAAGAACUUCUCAGGGAAGAAAGAAAAGAUCACCGGCACGCCGGAGGUGAUCAAAUUCAAGGGCACAAAGGAGUUUGCCAUGCUGAAGGAAUGCAUCGCCAUACAAGAAUCGUUACCCUUUGUCGCCUCCGAUGUGCUCGACGACCUCUCGUUUCGAAAAGUCGCCCGCUUCCUGAGCAUGCUCGGGCUACUAACGGUGUUUGUCAAGGCAGACGCGUCCAAGGAAUAUCGGUUCAAACUGCACCACAUGUUGGCCUUUCCGGUACAGCAAGCAGAAGCUACUGCGUGCUGCAUACUUGUCUAUAUCAUUUUUUACUUGACGGUGUUGCAUCUAAGUUCUAACGUUAUGAUCUUGAUAUUUCAUUUUUCAUUCUGCAGCAUCGCACCAUGUUGCGACAGAAACACCGAUAGUAAUAGCUACUUUGGUAUGAUAUGAUGGAUCACGCUACCGUCCUCGCCGAAGUCAUUUCAUUGUUUAUUCACUUUUCAGCCACCACAAUAUUUUCCGACUGGAUACCCCGCGAGUUUGAUAAAAGUGGCGAGGGCGAUCUGCGCCAGUACGGCGGUUUCGUUCAAUGGAAGAGAUUUUGAUUACAACGAGAUAGCUCCCGAGCUUGCCGCAAAGUCCGAGGAAUUUCUGAAGAUGCUGGACACUUCAAUGACGACACUUGCCUCGCACAUGGAAAAGGAAGUCAAAGAAGACUUUCCAACAGGAUUGAAAAAGGUAAAACAUUAAGAAAAAUCUCCAGGCUUGUCCUUGUGCAGUUGCGCAUAGCGUAUCAAGAGGCGUUCUACUCAAAUUUGUUAUGAUGUGACAUCGCUCCUAGAAGACGCUGACGCCAAGCUACGGAAAUUGCCGCGGUACCAGGGCGGGCAGCCGAUACAGUCCUCUCAUUCGCUGAAAUUUCAAGGCUUCUGCCUGAGCAUGGAUGUGAAGACCGAGGUUUUGCAUCUUUGAUUUUUUCAAAAAAUCUCACAACAGUUCAAUCAAGAAUUCGGCAAGAAACUGAGUGAGUUCGACCUUGCGUGGGUGGCCUACGAGGAAAUGUACCUUGGCGCGAAAAACUUCAUUGACUCGGAAGUACUUACGCUUGGCUUGUUUUGUUUUCAUGAUUCUCUCGCCGCAUCUGCAGAGUCACAGUGCCACGCCUUUGCUCCUUUCUAUUCAGAUGAUAAUAAAAUAUACCACAACAUCAGACGAGACUAUCAAAAAUAUAUUUCAUUGACCCACACGACAGGUCCUGAGGCAGCCAACAAACCUCGUCGAGAUCGAGAAAAAGCUCACGGACGCAGAAGACAGGCUAGAAAUCGCGAGAAAGCAGGAAUACGAAAACCUCUUCGUAUUUUUUAGAAAUUAGCAUUAGAAGCGUAAUCAUAAAAAUUCCAGAUUCAUAUGACAAACACCAGCUGUGGUCUACCUCUACUUGUUCUGUUUUUUCUUGUUAUUUUAUGUCGUGUUGCUUGCUACAUGCUGAGAAAAUUGUUGAAAGAACAACUACAGACGCGUGAGAUCGAGGGCAUAAUCCACGACAACUGGAGCUACGUUAUAGGUGUGAAUGAAGAGCUAAAAAGCAAAACGUUCUACGACUCCGCGGUUCCCCUCGCGGAAGCCUGCAUUUUCUACGAGUCGAAGGUUACGCCUGAAUGGCUCGAACAGUGCAAGUACGUGGUGAAGGAUUAUCUCGAGGUAUUGAUGUGCUUCUGGAGCAGCAGUGGUGGCUUUGAUAAGUGUUUUCGAUUUUCGUUCAGCCGGACGUGCAGCUGUUCGGCUUUGGCCUUCGUUGUAUUGCACUGAUCGGCUCGUACUACUUUGCUCCGACUAUCAUGCGGUGUGUAGAUUCAUAUAAGAAAAACUCCAUCUUCUCCACCAGGUCUCGAUCAUUGUUUUUUCUUGUCGAUCACAUUCUCUCACAAUCACAGCUCCGCAUUUACGUAGCCGGGUUGCCGUCAACGAGGUUACAGCUGGAGUUUGACAAAAAUACCACUUUUCUGCGACUUCUCAAGAAGUUUCAUACUUCCGUUCAUGCGGCUGAAGAGGCAUUCACGUUCGUGGAUCAGCUCCCGAAAAACACGAAGCAGAGCAACCACAUGACCCGAAAACUGCUUGAGCCCGACUUGAUUCGCCUCAAGAAAAUGACUGCGGCGGCUACGAGCUGAGGUUACGCAUUCGGAUAGAGUGGAGUAGGAGCAGUACUUCUAUCUAAAACUACAACUACUUCUUUUCGUAAACAAACCAAACGAAGUUGAUGCCGAGUCAACAUGAAGAACUCGUGCAUGAUAUCCUGGUAAAGAGUCUUACGAGAUAGCGGAAACAGAACUAUGUGUAAUGCUGAGUAGAUGAGGUCAACUCCUCGGAGUCGGACCACGGUCAAGGAGAAAUAGACGAUUGCACUGCAAUUGCAAAUGCCAAUGCAAAGAGUGUGUGUCGAAAAGUCGCUUUUUUUAUAUUGAAGCUGCAGAGUCCGCGUAGUGCUGCAUCCGGU